UCUGCCGCUCGGCCCGAGUGAUUUUUGGAUUGAAAACAAUGGGUAGAAAAGAUGCCUCUACAGCAAAGACUCCUGUUGACCAAUACAGGAAACAAAUAGGAAAACAAGAUUAUAAGAAAACCAGGCCUAUGUUAAGAGCUACAAGAUUAAAAGCAGAGGCCAAGAAAACUGCACUAGGCAUAAAGGAAGUUGCCCUUGUCCUUGCAGCUAUACUGGUAUUUUUGUUGGCUUUCUAUGCUUUCUUUUAUCUUAAUGUUUCCAGUGAAGUUGACCUUGAUCUGGAUCCAGAUGAAAACUAGCAGAUGCAAUGAAUCUAUCAAGAUUUCUUCAGCUUGAACAAGACUACGUAGGAACACACAGUCCCUUCACUGUGAGACAGUAAAUGAUGCCAUUUCUUGCAGUCCAAAUUCAUAAGAAAGUUUUGCAAUAUGUCACUUGUACAUUCCAGAUCUCCAAAAUAAGAGGACAGUCGUGCCCGGCAAGUAUAUUUGAUUAACACCGAUGCCAGGAGCAGCAGUACAAGACAUGAAG